AUGGCAACGGAGCAGCACCAGCAACCGCAGAAGCGAGUGCUAAAGCAGGACGGCUACCUGGAGCUACCUGGCGCUCCCUGCAAGAUGCGCAACAUCUUGUAUCAUCCGCAGCUCAACGUUCUUCUGCUCUUCGAUUGCGGAAACCUCGUCAAGGUCCUGGACGCCAACUCCGGUGUAAUUCUGCAGACUUAUGUGCUUGGCACCAAUGGCGACAGUCUCGUGAAUGGUCGCUAUAUGCCAUUGCAAGAUAAGAUCUUGUUCUGGGAUGGCCAUAACCUUGGACUCCGUGGAGACUAUAAUGGCGUUCUGCUGCUGGACACCAUAUUGCAGGCGCCGAUUGGGCAGAGCGACGAAUACAUCAAACUGGAGAUUAUCCUUUCUGAGGCAAUAAUCUUUCAGAACUGUAUACUUGAGCUAGAGAGCGAGGGCUUGGAGUGUCCCUGCGACAUAAGCAACGAACUGACUCUGAAGAUCAACCAGGCACAGCAGAAUGCCAAGAAAGGCAUCAAGGCCCAACGGUGGAAUACUAUUUGUUUGGAGGUGACCUACUCUAGCCUCAAGUUGGUGGCCAGCAAUGUUGUCAUCAUGCUGAAGCGUCUGGAGCGCCACAUUCCUGUGCUUGCCAUCGCCUCUGCUAUCAACGAGCGCCUCACCGAAAUGAUGUUGGGCUCCCGCCUGCCGGACUACUUCAACUUUAGCAACUUCCAGCGUGUGCUCAUGCACUCGGAGGCACUGCGUCGUCAGACGUUCGAGAAGUGGCCUCACAUGGACUACAAGUGGGCGCUGCCGGAUCAGAUGGCCCAGGCUGGUUUCUACCACCAACCCUCCUCCUCCGGUGAGGAUCGCGCCAUGUGCUUCACCUGCAACGUGUGUCUCGUCUGUUGGGAGAAGACCGACGAGCCCUGGAGCGAGCACGAAAGGCACUCACCCUUGUGUCCUUUCGUAAAGGGCGAGUAUACGCAAAAUGUGCCACUGUCCAUCACCUACGCCACAAAUCCGGCAUUGGCAGCGCCCGGACUCGGAUUCGACAUCAUCUCCAACAGUGACUACGCUAACGUGCUCUGCACUAGUUGCUCGCAAACAGGAGAGCUGAGUGUGUGGAGCAUUGAACGUCACCUGAAGCUAAUGCACAGCAUCCAUGUACCGACCUUACUUAAAGACGUAUUCGAGGAGAGCUUUGAGUGGGCUAGGGUUACGGCCAUUUGCGUUCUGCCGAAUGCCAGGGCCCGCACUAAGGUUAACUAUGUUUACUCCGCUGCGAAUUACGGUGGUGUAGGCGGUGGUAAUGGAUCUGGUUCCCACUCGGGAUCAAACGCCGGAUCAGGGGGAAAGUUUGGCGGCAUGAAUGCCCAACAUAUCACCUCAACCUCAACUCUGCGGGCCGGAGUCGUUGGCUCCAAGAUCGUACUGGGGGUCAGCGUACGCCAGAGUAGCGGUGAAGUGGCUCUGCGCAUGGUGGUGCUCAAUAUCGUGGAGGUCGAUCGGCACACUGAGACCUCUGCGACGGUUAGCAAUGACAGCGGUAGCGUCUCGAGCGUUGGUGGGCAGUUGAUGAAGUCCUCGUCUCCAAUGGUCACUGCAUCCAGCGAAAGCAGCAACGCGGUUGUGACCCAAGUUAAUCUUGAGUCCAAGGAUGAUGAUAAUAAGGCCAUGACUCCUUACGAGAAAUUCGCCGACGGCUUCGAUAGCAACGGAUUCGUUUCCGCCCUAAUGACCUACAACAAGAACAAUGGAGUUGGACAGAACACCGACGACGCUUCUGUGCUAUACGACUUCGAUCUGUGCACACUGUCUCAGAUCCUCGAUCAGAAUCUCGAGGACCCCCUUGUCGGCUUGAUGGUCGGAUCGAACACAGUUAAUGUCAGCAAUCUUGGCAUGGGUAAUGAGAUCGACAAGCUUGUCGACGAUGCGGAGAUAACUCACCAGAACAACAACAAUAACAACAACAACAACAACAAUGAAGCAAACUCACUAGGCGGGAGUUCGUCCAACCACAACAACAAUAACAACAUCACGAUCAACGGCAGCUCCACCGGCAGCAGCAGCAGCGACAAGAUGACGGCUACCGAGGAAAUAGACUGCGUGGUGGAGAGCUGGACGAGUGUAAAGCGCAUGAAUGCGCUGGAUGGUGCCAGCAGUGAGGCAAACAGUGUGGCCCAUUCGAUCCAGGAGAUCAUCGAGAUUGCCGAGAUUCUGCCCACGACGCCAAAGUGCAACCAGCUGCUGGUGAAGUUGCUGCGUACCAAGGCCCCAGAAACAGAGGGCAGCAAGAUCAUCAUGGCCACAGUCGCCAAGGAGGAAGAGGAGGAAGACGACGAGGAGCAGCGGAAGGAUGAGGCAAUGGACAUGGAUAACGCCGAGGGAAAUGUUGCAGCUCAACUCCUGGUUUUCGAUUACGAUGACACUCAGAUAUCGAAUGACUAUACAUUGGCCAUGACUUUCAGUCGGGCCAAGUGCCCCAAGCAACUGUGCAUCCUGCCGCACUUCAACUCCUCCGCGCAGCAACAGGACGCUGGCUCCAUUUGCGUUGUGUGUGCCGAUGGUAGCGUAGAGAUAUAUUCACUCGCCGACUUCCAGGGUACCAUGGUGAUUGAGGAGGAGGGCGAGCAUUUUGAGUCGGUAGUAUACUGCCGAAACCUGGAUAGGCUUUGCUGCUGUUCCCGCCAGGGCGGACUCGUGUUCUUUUCGCUAAGCGAGGGUGACAAUGAUUCUGGCGACGAGCUGCUGGAAAUGGAGGACGAGUGCAGCACAACCUUAACCCAGGCGGCGGCCGAUCUAAGUGUAACGGAUGGAACCCGGCAUGUGUCUGGCGCGGAUCUGAUAAGCAAAACUCUUCUGGCAAGUGAUUCCAUCUGCGUGGAUGUGGGCACAGAGACGGCGGCGCCGUCCACCGCUGGACAGAGCUCCCAUAUCCAAACAUCUCCUUCGGCGGCCUCCAUUGCCGCCAUUAGUGCCAACCUACUCGCCUACAAAACCGCAGAUCUGACCCUCGACGAUUUGAAAGUCUUCUAUGCCCUUACUCAGUUUGAAGACAAGCUGACCGUCUACUCAGCAGAAGUACCCAGCUGCUGGAAUGAUCUCGGCCAGGUACAUAAGCACCGAAAGCAAUCGCAGAACUUGCGACAUGGCGGGGAUGAACGUGACUUCACCCGCACCUGGCGACUACAUAACGAUGCAACUACCUGGGACGAACAUAUCAUAGAACUCAACUUGGCCCAGCCCGUGUCAUUGGGCCACAUCGAUCUUAAGUUCACGGUUUAUCAGCAAUGCUCCAACCCCGCGGGCAUUCAGGUGACGCUCCUCAAACAGAACACCAAUGGAUUUGGCUAUAGAAUGAAGGGACCUCACUCCAACUAUAAGCCAAAUGUAAUCGACGACAACAUUGAUCUCUCCUACAUUGCCAAUGAGAAUCCCGUGCUCAGUGAGGAGUAUCUACUGGCCCAUAACGCGGAGGUCUUGGCUGGGCCCAUCGAGCUGUCGUCGUGUAUCGAUUUAUGCGAUCAAGGUGGCACUGCCACCUUGACCUCACCCAAACUAUUUAAGACGCGUACGCGAAACUUCUUACUGCACAUCAAGACGGUAUCCGAUCCAUCAAAGGAGGGUCAGAACAAGACAAGGGGCUGCGACUGGCUGCACGAGAUCUCCAUUAGUGUUCGGGCGGUGAAGUCGCACAGUCGGAUCGCCAACAGCCGAAUGCAGCGUAUAGCCAUGCUGGAGAGCAACCAUCUGCUGGAGCAAUUGCUGCGAAUAGCCAGCGAUCCGGGCUCGAGUCCGUUGGCCAAAAACAUGGCACUCGAUGUGCUCAAUUGGAUUUGUUUCGUCCGGCUCAAUCGGUUCCGGUCACCCAAAUCCGAGCGCCUCAAGGAACAGAUCAAUAAGCAGACAGCAGCAAAUAUCCAGGACCUGCUAGCACAGCAGUUUGAGUGUAUUUCCCUCUCCGAAAAGCACAUUGAACAACUCCUGCGCAACUGCGUCAUCUACAGCGAGCGGAGCACGGCCCACAAGUGUGUGAAGCUGCUGAUCAUGCUCACAGAGGGAGUUACCAAUCUGCCGGCAGAGCUGCAGCAUCAUACGACGCUGGAUCACAGCUUUAAGGCGGCCAUAUCCAAUACCUUCCACGAACUGCCACGGGCGCAAUGCGGCAGCGUGGUUCGCUGGUACAUGAUGCUUACCUGCGCCACUUCCACCCCGGAGUCCCACAACAGUAUAUCCGAGCAGGCUAUCCAUCUGUUAAAAAAGAUCUCCGGUGAGAUAGAAAAGCGCUGGGAUCCCUAUUGUGCCCUGUUGAGCACGCGCUUUGGUCUCUACGGCUUUCCCUUUGAGCCGGAGAUCUUUGACUUUGACUUCCCCAACAUCAAUAGACACGGGUCAAGCUCCUCUGUGGCGCUGACCAAUGUGAUUCGCAGCAGCGCCACCAUUUUGCCAGUGACUGGGCUGGAUAUCAAGCGACUGAGCUCUAUAGACGGCGUGGACUUUCGCACUUUUCCGUACCUUAUUCGAGGCAAAAGCAUUAGCAACCAGCUGCGAGGAUUAUUAGAGGUGGUACAGCUGCACUUUAAUUGUGUGCAGACCUCAGAGGCCACUCGCAUCGACAACAUCGAUAGUGUAGGCGGUAAUUCCGCAGCCAGUGUUGUCAUUGAGGAUGUCAUGAUGAUGCCAAAGCUCAAGGUGGCCAAGGAGAAAGAUGAGGAGCUGCUCAACGAUCUGGUCAACGAUGUCGAGUGCCUGGUCGAGGAAAUGAAGGAGAACGAGAGCAAAGUCCACUACGAUGCCCUCGAUGCAUACGGCUUUAAGGAUAAGACAUUCUCCUCGCUUGCCGACCUGGAGCAAGCCUUAAAGGAGGAGGUUAAGAUAGAAAAGGCAGCUAUCAUGGACAAGUUGAAGAUAGCCAAGUUUUUGCCGAAGCUAUCUCUGUUCCAGAAGAAGAUUAACGACCAUAUCUCGUUCGACGAAUUUGGGAAGCUGGAUAACUGGGAACACGGCACAGCACUAGGCAGUAAUUUGAAGCCAGGAAUGAUGGCCAAUGCAGGUCUGGACUCUCCCUUGGACCAUCAGCCUGCGCAGCAUCAGGCAACUAUCACAGGCGACGGCGCCAUGGACGACGCCGCGGAAGCUGAGAAGAUCAUGGAGAGCCUAAACGCAAAUCCUUGUCAGCCGAUUGCAUGGCAUAAGUUGAUUACACCUCCACCCAAGCAGAUGAUCGUCAUCGAUCGGAUGCACUCGGGUGCGCGGCGCUUCGUUGUGCUGGACUUUUGCCAGCACAUUCUGCUUACGGACCUGGUGAUCCCCGCCUGCGAUGAACUCACUUCUUUGACCAUCGACAUUUGGUGCUUUGAUGAGGAGACGGACUGCACGCGGCUGGUGCAGGUCGGCGACAUCCAGACCAAGACGUUGGUGCUUAGCGACAUUCAGCCUCCGCCAAUUUGUCGCUACUUAAAGUUGACCAUUAUCGGACGUAUGGGAAUGUCGUCUACCAAGUGCAAGGUGCCCUUAGGUCGGUUUUUUGGCCAUCCCGUGGUGUUGGAGCACGACGGCUACGGUGACCAGCUGAUGCGAUUCAUCAAGCAGCCAGCACACAGUCUGCAGUCGCAGCUGAAAUCCUUGAAUGCGUUGUACGAGGAUGUGCACUGCCGUUACAGUCUGGCCAGUUGCAAGCUGAUGGAUCUGCUGGCUCCGAUGCGGAACAGCGAGCUCUCGAACGUGGCUCACCUGCAGGCCUUUAUCAACAAGCAGCGCGACGAGGAGCUGAGCGGCCUAGACAACAAUAACAAAGUUGUGUCCCUGUACGACGAGUGCAUGCUGCUGCAGUACCAAAUUAACGUGAUCCGUAAUGUGGUGAUCCGAUUGGAACGAGCUCUGGCGCCCAAUGCCUUGCGCAUGCCAUCACCUGAGGCGCCGCUGGCGGAGGAAGUUCUGGUCUCUGCCUCGCGUGACAAAUUGCGUGUGCUUAGUCUGAGCUUGGUCGAGGUACUGCUACACUUCUCCAUCGAGUACGGCAUCAAGAACAUCCUGCCAGUGCACCAAAAAUUCAACGUGGCAGCGGCCAAGGCGCUGUUUAACUCGCUCGUGGUGUACGGAGACGCUCAGCUGCAACUGGCCACUUGCUCACUGCUGGUGCGUAUGUGCUGCUUCCAGCCGUGGUGGGGCGAAUUCCUCGCGGAUACCUUCUGUAGUCUAUUCUCAACGCAGAAUUGCAAGGCCUUCCCGCAGGAUCGCAUUUUUUUUCUGCUGACAUAUUUAGGACGUCGGAGCAUCGCCAUGGGUGCCUGUCGCUCCAUUGUGAUCGAUGCCGUACUCAAAACGCUCGUCAAGUUGCUGGCCCCCAUCUCGCCGCACUACAAAUUCCAAUCUGAGCAACCGAGCACAUCGGCGAACGCUGCCGAUCGCAAUGCAACUAUGGGCACUUCGUCUGACAUGCAGCUUAUCACCUGGCUGCUUCUCUUCUUGUCAGUCUGCCUGGACGACAACGAGCGAAAGGAUAAAUCAGCCGCUCGCUGGGACUUUAUGAGCUGCGAGAGCGACUUUACCAAGGCGAGACCCACCAACACUCCCAACAGCAAGCAGUUGCGAUGUUUUAAAAAACGAAUUAUUCAGCAGAACAAAUACUCCGUGCAGCCGUACACGGAUUGGGGCAAAAAGAUCUUUAUGAUCCAGAAUGAGCAUCCCGGUAUAUUUAUGGAGUUGUCUACCAAGUCGAAAGGCAGUGGUGCUAGCAAGUCUACCUCCACGGGCGGCAAGAUUAACGUUGGAUCCUCUGGCCUAUGUGCUUCCAGCGGCAGCUCGACAAGCAGCUCAUCUAAAACACCGGCAGCAUCCACAUCCUCGCCCAAACACCAUGACAUCAAUUCAGGCAGCGAUCUCGAUCGCGACAGCAACUUUGACAAAGGAUUGAAGACUUUGCGAAUGGCCAACAUUAAGGUGGUUAUCCGUGGCCUCUUUGCCCUUCUCCUGGAGAUGGAUUUUAACUGUAACAUGGAUCAGUUCCUGCUUACCUGCAAAGUCAUUGCAAGGCUCGUGGCCGCUUGCCGGCCUUCGGUGCAGCUGUGCAAGAUUGUGACCAGCGCUCAGCUGGAGCAGCUUAUUCGUUUGUCCGUGUGGAACGACCAGCAACAGCCCUGGGCUGUCCAUGCCAUUACGUGCUUGCUCCAGGAUCUCUUAGACGCCGACAAACAGUUCAGAGACAACGAUGUCACGCCCACUAACGAUGUGCCACGCACCAUGGAGACGUCUGUACAGGAAACCCGAGAUCUAUUUAGUGACUAUACGGCAACUGCUUCCUCGUGCUCCGAGGCACAAUUUGAGAUGCUAAUGCCGACAGCAAGAGAGUUUUAUCAAGAGGCCGUUAAAUACAAUUACCUUCCGUCGCUGAUCGAGUGCGACGACACUGAGUUUGACGAGAUGCUAAAUGACAUCGACAUGAUCGAACGGACAAAACCGGUGACCAGGAAGGAGAGCAACGCCCUUUGCAAAAACACUUUCAACUUCUUCUGUAAAUCGAUCUCCAUUGCUUUGGACUCCCGCCUAGAUGCGGGCCUGGAGCUGCAUGUGGAGACACAGCUUAGAAGGCUCACGAAUCGCACUUCUUUAGAUCUCUACUCUUCACUGCCUCAAGUUCUAACCAAUGAGUUUGUCUCUCCGCCGCCAGAGGCUGCUCCGUGGCCGGAGUACCUGACCCAGCUGUGGUCCGGCACAGAAUACAAUGGUCGCAACACCUACGUGAUGUUUAAGAAGGUCUUUGACUCUAUUCUGGCGGAUCUGCACUACGAGGACACGUGGGUGCAUCUGGAGCAGCUGCUACAUAUGUGGCUCACCUUGAACUGCGAGCUGGCGGAUAAGCCGUACAGCAGUGGCAUUACUCACUCGGACGUACCAAAGAUUCCAUUUGGUGCGAACGCUGUGCAAGGACUUCUGCUCGCCCUUGCCUGGCACAACGACAUCAAGCUACGCACCUGGUGUCUCGGCUUCCAGUGCCUGUUUCUCGCCUGCAACUCUCUGCCAAUUGGUGAGGAUGUGGACUGUACACGCAUCAAUGAGGUCAUCGUAAACGAUGAGAAUUUCGAGAAGAUGCUGCUCAGAUUCUUCUCCGGCUACGGAAUGAGCUCCGCCAUCAUUACCAACCGAUGUGCGGGACCCACAAUUUGCAAGCACCUGCACGAGCUGUUGCUCUGGCUGCACAGCAAAAGCGAAACCAGUGGAAUACCCUGCAAGCGUCGGCUUAAAGACAUUUUACUCCAUGUUGUCCUGCAGCUGGUGCAGCCAGGUGGUGCCAUCAGCAAUCAGCAGGGACCUAUCGAUGCCCAAAACCAGCUGGUUCGCGACUUGCUGAUGAUGCCAAAUGACAAGGGCGAUCUUAACAUAGCGCUCAAAAUCACUGAAAGUGUUUCUUUCCUGGUGUACAACAACAUCUCCAACGGCGACAAGCUGCAGUGCCAGCGAGGAAACGAGAACAACAAUGCCGGAAACAAUUUUAGUAACCUGUUUGCAAAUGUUUUGGGUUCGGAGAACCCAUCGAAGCAAAAUGCCACAAUAUGCGACAACUCGCUGAUCAUCAAUUUGUUAAAGCUAUCCACGCAUAUGGUGCUGACGGAGAUGCCCAGGCAGCCAACUGAGGUCACUAUUCAGGAGGAGGAGCUGUCCAAUCAAAGUCAGACAGACGAGACUAAGGCGGAACAGCUGAAUACCGAAGGACAUCGCACCAAAGUGCCCUGCAUAGCGGAUUGGGUACUACGUCACUUCCCCACGAUGAAGCGCCUCUUUGGAACGCUAUCGCAGUGCUCUACUAACACUUUUACAAUGAUGACCUCCGGCUGCUUCUUUUUGCCUAAAUCUAACGUGGUACUGGAUGAUCCGCAAACAAUCGCCGAUGGCGUUUUUAGUUUGAUGAUAACUCUUAGCGAUAAAGCCUCCAACCCGCGAUUAGUGGUGGCGCCCAUUUGUCAAUAUUUGGAGGAGACCACAAUACAGAGGAAUGCCACGUUGCCACGGCUGCCGCUUUCGGAGCCCUUCUUGUGGUACAUCUCCAAGGUUCUAGAGGUGACGGCAGCUGUUCAAACAUUCACCCAGCUCGGCGGCAUACAGAUCAUCUGUCACAAUAUGGUGAGACUCAACAAGACGAUCAUCAACAUGCAGCCAGGAUUGAUCUCAUUAAUUAUGCAGCACAUGACCCGCAAUACGCGGCUCAAACUGAACACUCACACCACUGGGGGAGUCAGCAGUGCCUGCAAAAAGACCACCGGAACGGGCACUGGAGCUGCCGGAGCCACCGGAACUGCACAGCCGCCGAGAAGUGGUGCUCAGUACGAUGGCCUUAUUAACUUUGCUCCCUUCUCGCACAUCGUGUCCGAAAACGAUGCCGGCCAGAGUGCCGAAGUGCUCAUUUCCAAUCCCAAUGCAACGCAUAGAAGACCACGCACUCCGGCUUGGAGCUACAUGUUCUACCCGAAUGAGACGCACGUGGACUUGACCAUAACGCUGCCCACAGCUAUUCUACUAAAAGAGGUGCAGUUGAUGCCUCACACCUCCAGUCUGGCGUCAUGUCCGUCGGCGGUGGCAUUGGAAUUGUCACGGGAUUAUGGCAUUGGCUCCGUCCCAAUAGGAGCUCCCAUGGCUACCACUGGGCUGACCUGCAUCAGGCUAAAGCUUUCAAAGGCGGAAGUGGCCACCAGCAUUGUUCUAAGAUUGUACAAACCCAAGGAUUGCGGCAAUGUCGGUCUCGUGCAGAUCGCCGUUCUUGGCCAGACAAUAUUUGGGAAUCGGAUGCAAGGGUUGCGAUCGCAGGGCCCAUUCAUCGAUUCCCUAACGUCCUGCUCUACGCCGCUUCAAACGGCUUCUUUGGCAGUUAUGGAUGCAGACGCCAUGCCCGAGGACGAUGCUUUUGCCAAGACGAGCAUUGGCUGGGUUCGAAUUCUGUCACGUUGCUUUCACGUGGCAGCCUUGCAGCCUGACAGCAAGUUGGCGGACCUAAUCGCCGCAUAUCCGGCCGCCUACCCAGGUUUCCUGGAGGCGUGCUGCUCGCUGCUGAACAUAAUGCCAAUGAUUCCCAGCCUGGCGCAGCAGCACCUAGAAACUAUUUUGUUGAAGCUUGGAGCGUACAAUCACGAACUUAGCCUGCAGCUGCUGCGGACGCUGCUCUGGCACACCACGCCUCAAGUUUUCAAGCUGUCCAGCGAUGCGGUGUGUGAUCUCAUCCACGAAGUGGUUACAGGGUCUACAGAGCACCUAGUGGACAAGUUGCGCGUGCUCAUAGACUGGGUAAUGCAGCUCCACGACAACUACAGCAAGCAGGCGCGCUGCAACAAUCCACAGAGCGGCUUCGUCAAAGUAAUUGCCUCAAUUCUGUGGAAAGUGCAGACGCAGCAGCAACUCCCCGAGCUGCCCCUUCUAAUCUCGUCGGCCCUCUUCGAGACGUGCUUCGAUUGGAUCUCGUCACUGGAGCACGAUGAGCCGCUAAAAAGCAGCUUCGACUCACUGCUAUGCGCGCUGUGUUUCAUUAAGCCAGAGCUGUUCAACCAACUAUUGGUUAAGCUGGGAGUGAAGCUGGAGCCACAGGCGCGUGGCCAGACCGACGACAGUAAGGUGCAGAGCGGCAGUGUGUGGUUCCAGCGCGAGGGCAGCGAGAAUUUAACAGUUUUGCUGCAACGUCCUACAUUCCUGAAGACCCUUGCCCUGGCAUGCCAGUCGCCGGCAGCGGUGUAUCAGAUGCUGGACUCUGGACUCCCUAAGCUGUUGGCCCACGCCAUCUACGAAUAUUGUGCACAUCUCUUGCCUGGAUCAGAGACAGCCCUUUUAUUGGCUUCUGCAUCUGCUACUGAAGAAGAGAAGGCCGUCGGCACCACUAGAAACCAGGCUGUUUCAUCAGAUGAUGGGCAUUUUUCGUUGACGGACUUUGCCAAGGCCGAAGCGCAUGUAGGCCACAGCUCGCCGCUGCUAAGCAGUGCGAAUGUACCCAAGGUGCUGGAUUUCUUCGCCGAGUGUUGCGCGGAGGGACCAAUGCGCGAUUGGCUGGGCACUAUGCAGGGCUCGGUGUUCUGGAAGCCUCUGUUGCAGCUGCUUUGCAACACCCAUGCCGCUCAGUUUAGCAAGACGCUGCCCAUGCAGCAGUCCUUCAUCCGUUUGGAGAGGGCCACCAUACAAUUCUUUACGCGAGUAAGUGCCUGUCAUCCGGGCAACCAGGAGGUGCUUACAUCGCUACUCAUCGGAGCUAUAAUUUGCAAGCCAUUGCAAUCGAGCCUGGGGGUUCGACCCACUAUCUCCGGAUUCACCAGGCAGUUGGUUCUGCAACUCCUUCUGGAGAACGAGCACAUCACCGUCUCAGUGAGGAGUCAGCAACCCCUGCAGCGGAGAGACACGCUAUCGGCUAUCAUGGGGGGCUACUCUAGUGUGGGGGCCAGUACUAGUCUACCUGUAGCGGCUGUCAACAACCAUCCGGCAAAGCGCAGCAGUGCUCAUCACAUGCUCUUCACUGUGACAACUAACACCACGUGCCAGGAGAUUAUGCAAAACUGCGUUAGCGAUCAGCGAGCUGGCGAAAAUGCGAAUUCUGCCUCCGCAUUGGGCAGUAUCGCGUCCAGUGCGACUGUGAAGUGCAACGAUGGCAAGCUAGAAAAGAACACCUUCAUGAACUUCAACAACGUGGAGGCGGGGAGCCUGGAGUUUCUUACCGUUGGCGCCGCAGUGGCCGCCAAAGACAAGCGCAUCAAGGAUGCGAAGAACCAAGCGGCCGUGAACAAGGACAAGGAGACCCAAACCUGCGCCACAAAUUUGGCUUCCAAUAUAUUCAACGUGGAGGAGUUUUUAUUGCAAACGGCAAGUGCUGCCAACGGCAACCAACUGGUCGUUACGGAAUAUCCCGACAUACUGUUAGCAGGCGAUGCGACCGUGUCACAGGUUCUUGCCACUCUCCAGGACGCUGGACAUUCGCUCUCCACGCCCUGUAUUACGCUCAACUUGGUGCCUCAGCAGCGUGCCGAUGAGGUCGGAGAUGCGAAAAAAACUAAGGCUGUCUGCGCGCAGCCGCUACCGUCGCCCCUGCAACGGUUCUCCAGCAGCGGCGGUCUCUCGUUGCUUGCCCACUAUCUGCCCACCGUUUACCCGGAGCACUCAGGUCGCAAGACCACUUCAGUGGUCAGCGAGAAGGAGAAGAGUCCGCCGCUGUCCGACUGGGUGAAGCUGGAGCCGAACGAUGAGAUCUACGAGGACCUGGAGGACACUAUCUGCGAGCCGGCAACUAAACAGACGACGGUCAGCUCUGUGCCUCAGCAUUCACUGGCGGCCUUUGGACUCUUUCUUCGCUUGCCCGCCUAUUCGGAUGUUCUUUUGCGAGACAAGUUGCGGGCACAGUGCCUGCUCCGUUUAGUUUUAGGCGUCACGGGAGAUGGAGAGGGCAAUGACAUCUAUAGCCUGUCACUGGCGCCUUCACUGCCCACGCUGCCCUUCGAGGUUUUCCGCCAGCUGCUGGACAGCGUGCCGCUGUCUACCGACGACGGGGUACUGCUCCGACGCGUGGUCAUCGAGGUGGGAGCCAUGCACUUAGUGCUCAAUUGCCUAGGCAUCUUUUCGCACCAGUCGCACAACAACCGAAUUGGGGCGCCGAUAAAUGAGCCGUCACCAAGUGGGGCAAGUAGUGGCAACAACGGAAGUGCAAGUGGAAAUGGAUGUGGAAGCGGAAACGCAAGUGUCAGCGGCGUUAAGGGAAAUGCUGCGGAAGAAGCCCCGCCUAGUGCCACGUCGGAUGACAAGAGUCACAUGUACUGGGCCAAAGGCACGGGCUUCGGCACCGGGUCCACCACCCAGUCCUGGAACGUGGAGCAGGCGCUGCUGCGACAAAAGAGCGAGGAGGAGCACGUGACGGUGCUGCUGCUCGUCCUAGCCAGCUAUAUUAAUCCUGGAGACUGCAUACCCAGUGAGAUGUGUGGAGAGGACAUACUGGCCUAUCACGACGUGCGAGAUGUGACUGGCGAGCUACCACCCAUCUUUCAGACUCUGCUCCAACAGUCCUGUCUUAUCCCUGCUCUCAGUUCCUACCUGCGCAACGAUUCUGUGCUCGACAUCACACGCCACAUUCCUCUCUAUCGUGCCAUACUCAAACUUCUGCGCGCUCUCUCGCUGUCCAAGACGCUCGUCUCGCUGCUCCAACCAUCGAUCACUGGCAGUGGGGGUAGUGCACCGCCAAUCGCGGAGCUACUCACGAAUAUGAAGACCUGCGUGGACACAUACGCCAAACGACUUAAAGUCAACAAAAAGUCAAACAUAAAGGGUCAGACGCAUCAGUUGACAUUUAACAUUGAUGACGGCGAUGACGAGGGACUCGCUCUGCUUAUCCCGGAUAUCCAGGAGACCAGUGUACUCGUGCAGAAGACAACGGAUGCAGACGCCCUGAUCAACAUGCUGCACACCAACGACAAUGGUAGCGGGCAGCUGGAGCCACUGAGCAAGUCAAUUGAGCAGCGCUACCUAGAGCUGAUGAAGAAACGCCAGUUUGACACAUACGACAUGAUUGUGGAGUCGGACAACAACAGCUUCCGCUUCGUGGUGGCACACCACUUUGAGAAAAUGGUACGGCUCGCCGGCGAUCGCUACCAUCCGUCGCGAGUCAAGCGGCUCGCCCAGGAGGCGGUGACUUUGUCCACCAGUCUGCCACUUAGCUUCAGUAGCUCGGUAUUUGUGCGAUGUGAUACGGACAGAUUGGACAUUAUGAAGGUACUCAUCACUGGUCCAGCGGACACGCCGUAUGCCAAUGGGUGCUUUGAAUUUGAUGUCUUCUUUCCGCCGGACUAUCCCAACCUGCCCAUGCUUAUUAAUCUGGAGACGACAGGCCGCCAUUCGGUGCGUUUCAAUCCCAAUUUAUACAACGACGGAAAGGUGUGUCUCUCGGUGCUCAACACCUGGCACGGCCGACCCGAGGAGAAGUGGAAUGCGCAAACGUCCAGCUUUCUGCAGGUCCUCGUCUCCAUCCAGUCCCUGAUAUUGGUACCGGAGCCGUACUUCAACGAGCCGGGCUUUGAGAGGAGCCGAGGCACUCCGAGUGGCACCAACUCUUCGCGGGAGUACAACAGCAACAUCUAUCAGGCCUGCGUUCGCUGGGCUAUGCUAGAGCAGAUACGCAAUCCAAGUCCCUGCUUCAGAGAUGUUAUCCAUAAGCACUUUUGGCUAAAGCGCGAAGAGAUCUGCUCCCAGAUCGAAAGCUGGAUCGAAGAGCUGAGCAAGCCGCAGUACACGGACCGAGCCAGUCGCACCAUCUCCUUUAACUCGAUGGUACUACGCCGACACUAUCGACACUUGCGUGAGGAGCUGGCCAAGUUGAAACCGCCGCGCGGCCUCGAAGAUUUGGAUGCACCUUUUAAUCCUGUAGCCACCUUACCACCGAUGGACGUUCCUGUACCGCCUGCAGCGGCGACAGGCACUCAAUCCAACGCCCAUGUGGGAACGGAUGAGGUAAUGGUGCCAGACCUGAACCUACUCAACGAGACGACGGACGAUGCUGAUGCCGAUGCUAAUGCCGAUGCCGAAGCCGAAGCUGAUGGUGACACUACACCGCCUUACUUGUUCCAGAAGGAGGAAGGACUGCUGUUGACUGGCGACGAAGAGGUCGUGGAAAUUUUGAGUGAUACGGAGAACGAGAGCAGUAGUGUGUGGCAAGAAAAAGAGGAGGAGGAAGAGGAUACCCCGUGAAUCCAACAGCUGCCUAAGGAAGAAGUAGGAGAAGCUGAUGCCGAUACUGCAUUCCCCAAGUUUCGAUUCCGCAGCCCCAGACACCUUUAUUAUUUAUGUAUAUGCUAUGAGUUUUAUUUUACGCCUUUACUUGUGUCAUUUUUUGUAAGAGAGAGACUGCAACAAAACUUGGUGUGCUUUACUUAAUGGACCCGGCGCCACAUAUACACUCCCAGAAAAAAAAUUAACGCAUUGCCAGAAACUUUCCAUAAAAAGAAACGAAAAAAUAUCCAUAUAAUCUUCAUACGUGAAUGUAUGAGAUAAUGUAUCGAACUCUUUUUAUAAAUGCUUAUAACGUAAACAAAUAAUAGAUUGUAUUGAUUUUUACAAAAAUAGCCAGAACCCUAGACGUGUGUGUAUAGAAUAGAAUAGAAGAUCGAAGAGGGAAGUCAUUGAAAAUAUCACAACUAUGAAUUAGUGACUAACAAAACCACCAAACUUAAUUAAAGUGUAUUAAACUAUGUAUGUACGUAGCAAUUUAGUUAAAUAUUGUCAGCGCUGAAUGUGAAGUUGCAUUGUCCAAUUAAAAUUGAAAUAAACUGCGAUGUAUUAU